CAAUGACACCGACACACCAAUUGCUCUUGCUUGGCGCGCUCGGAAUCCUUCCGUGGGCCUCUGCGUCUGCAGCGUCUCUUCCACAGCACGUUUCCUCCCAUAUUAACCUGGUCCAUCGUUCCGAGCCGGGCGCUAAAUUGACCCGUCGUGGAAAACAUGGCAUCGCAGCGGUGUCCGAGUCGAAUGGCUUUUGGUUCGGUAGCUUCGAUGUCGGAAAUUCCAAGAACCUGCACAUGUUGAUCGACACGGGUUCAUCCGACGUCAUUGUCAACCCCGGUCUCUAUACACCAGGGUCAUCGUCUGCAAGCCUCAACCUCACAUUUGAGAAUGCCUACGGGACCACAGAAAGCGAUGGGUCCGGAACUGGCACAGUGGCUGGAACUUUGUACAAUGAUACCGUUCAAUUUGGCUCGCUAAGCGCAGCUCAGACGGUCGGGUCAGCGACCGGCACCGUUCUCAUCCCGGGCGAUGGAAUCGUAGGAUUCGCCGGAGUUGAAGUGGCUCAAUUCCCCAAUGGAGCUCCCCCAUUCUUUCACUCCCUUUGCAAUCAGGGUCAGGUCUCCUCAUGCAGGUUUGGGCUUGCACUUGGGAAAAACGACACUGGAGUGCAAGUCCUGGGAGAACUUGACUCGUCUUUGUUCCAAGGAAAUCUCACGAGCACCUCUGUUAUCCAAGAAUGGGCUUUCUUUGCGGACCUGGCUCUCGAAAACACUAUCAUUGCCUCGGAUAUCCUGGUCGAGCUCGAUUCAGGAACGGCCACGGUCACAGGUCCCGUAGAUGAGGUCCUCUCCAUCUUCGAAGCGACUUCCAUUCAAGCCGUAGUCCAGAACACCACCGACGGAGUGACCGUGACCGGCUACUUCCCUUGUGACCAACCUCCCACACUGGGCUUCAGCAUCCCCUCUCAAUCCAACGCAUCUACCGCUGAGAAGACCGACUCCAGCCUGAUCAGCCACCAGAGCACGAUUUUCAAUAUCGCCGCUGACCAGUGGAUCGCUGCUGACAACGGAAACAAUAAUUGUACUGCCAUAUUGUCGGGCAUGACGGUCGCUUCCUACCCGACUCUGUGGGUUGUGGGUCAACCAUUCUUCCGCGGCCUAUAUAUCGAUCACAACCUUGCAAAUGCGACCGUGGGUUUGGCCACUGCGAAGACGCAAGGAACAACGGUCAGCUCGGGAACCCCAACACCCAGUAGUGUGGCUAGCAGCUCUCCGUCGGUGAUUGCAACCAGCGCGGCUAGCUCUGGAAUGUCUGUUCACGCACCUUUGUUGCUUCUUUCUUUCCUGGCCAGUAUGUUGUUUUAGCGAUGAAUGUGCAGG